AUGGCUGGUUCCGAACCGAACGAGUACGCGAGCCUCGACGAGUUUCUACAGGCUAAUGGCGCGAAGCGCAAGAUUAAGCGCGUGUUGAUCGCGAACAACGGCAAUGCGGCGAUUAAAUUCGCGAUGUCCGUGCGACAGUGGUGCCUAGAAACCUUUAACAAUGCGCACGAAAUCGAACUGGUCGGCCUUGUAACGCCAGAGGACGAGAAUUCGAACGCGGAGUACAUCUCUUACUGCGACUUUAUCGAGCGCGUGCCCGGCGGCAGCAACAAUUACAACUACGCGAGCAUCGAUGUCAUUGUGGAAUGUGCGAAUCAGUUUCACUGCGACGCGGUAUGGCCCGGUUGGGGGCACGCUAGCGAGAACGAGGAGUUGCCGCGCAUGCUUUCAGCCGAGAGCAACGCGAUUUGGAUUGGUCCUACUAGCGAAACGAUGGUGGCGGUGGGCUGCAAGAUCGCGAGCACCAUCGUUGCGCAGUCGCUUGAUAUCCCUGUAGUUCCGUGGAGCGGUUCCGCCGUGAAAGUCAGCUGCGCGGAGGAUAAGUUGGCGCAGGUCACUGCGGAACACAUUCGGCGCGCGUGCAUCCGCGACGUUGAACAUUUGUAUCAGCUGAUUGACGAGGACGUGGUCACAUUCCCAUUCAUGUUAAAGGCCGCGGCUGGCGGCGGCGGCAAAGGUAUCCGCAUUGUUGAGGACCGCGAGAAAGCUGCGAACUGCUACCACAUGGUCAGCGGCGAGGUGCAGGGCAGUUUGAUCUUCGCGAUGAACUGUGUGACAAACUGCCGCCACCUCGAGGUGCAGAUUCUCGGUGACGAGUACGGGCUUGUCGUGCCAUGCGGCGCGCGCGACUGCACGAUUCAGCGCCGGCAUCAGAAGAUAAUUGAAGAAGGUCCUCCAGUUUGCGCAGACAGCGAGUUGAUUGAGCAGCUAAUGGAGUCUGCCGCAAAGUUGUGCCGCGCGGUGAACUACUACAGUGCUGGAACGGUCGAGUUCUUGUUCGACAUCGAGAAGCAUGAGUAUUACUUCCUCGAGGUCAACGCGCGGCUGCAAGUCGAGCACGUAGUCACCGAACUGAUGAUGGACGCCAACUUGCCAGUUGCGCAGUUGCAGAUUGCGAUGGGGCUGCCGCUGCACAAAAUCGAGGGCGUCAAGCAGUACAUGGAGCGUCGCUCCGCGAAGGUCGCUGCGGAAAAGCACGUCAUUGCUUCCCGGAUUGUUGCGGAAAAUUCUGAGAACAAUUUUCAGCCGACCACGGGCGCGAUCCAAGAGCUGAACUUCGGCGGCAGUUCGCACGUGUGGGGCUAUUUCAGCGUCACGCAGGGCGGGAAGGUGCACCAGUACUGCGACUCGCAGAUCGGACACAUUUUCGCUGUCGGUAAGACGCGUACUGAAGCACGCAAGCACUUGCUCAAUUCGCUGCGCACUCUCAUCAUUCGCGGCGAAAUUUGGGCAGGUCCCCGGCAAACUGAUCGAGCACUUCACGUACGACCUCGUGUUUCAGGGGAAAAUUAA